AUGGAGAAGAAGAAAGUCUCCAAAGUAAAGAGAGCGAAAGCCGGGAAAGGAAAGAAGGAAGGAAAACAGGAGACCAAAGCGGUCAAAGAGUCUGACAUCGAGAGAGCCAAGGACAACGCUGCCCUCUGGGAGCUGAGGUUAAAGGUCACCGAACAGUCGCUCGCGGAGUACCGCCAGGAUUGCCGCAAAUUGGCACGCGCGAACGACGAUCUCACGAGCCAGCUGUACCGAGCGGAGAAGGACGCGAUCGAUAUAGCUGGCUUCAUGCAGCAACAAGACGCAGCUAAAGAGGAGAAGAUCAAUACGUUGCAGAAAAGACUCAGAAGUCAAGAAAGAGUUGCACGUGAAGAACAAAAGAAACUGGUUGAUUAUUACACAACUGAAAUCAACGAGAUGAAGGAAAUGUUCAGAGAGAAGUCCAGUGACUUUAAUAUGAUCCCAUUUUGGAUGAAGAAAAUCGAGGAAUUUGAGAAGAGGAAGUCCCAGGUGGAGCAGGAGCUCAGUGAUAUGAGAAAGAAAUUGGAUGCUGCCGAUAAGGAGCACAGGGAGAACCUCAACGAAAGGGAGUGCAAAUUCUUAAAAGAAGAGGAUCGCCUGGAGAAGGAAGCUGAGCAUAUCAUCGACCUGGGGGUAGAGAGGGCCCACAAUGAAGCCAUUGUGCAGUUGGACGAUGCCUCGCGCUCUGUAUUCAAGGAGAACGUCCGUCUCAAUGAAGCACUGAAAUAUCACAUAAAGGAGGCAGAGCAACUGCAGAUAUUGACAAAUUCAAUGGCAAAGGAAAAUGCCUCGCUGGCUCUGGACAAGAAAACGUUUGAGUUGAUGGUAAAGAAAAACACAGCUCAGAUGGGGGCCCAAAAAAAGGAGCUAUCAGAGCUGAGGGCCACGGUCGCUUCCCUGGAGCAGGCCCUCGAGCUAAAAGCUGGGGAAGCCGAGAGACAGGAGCAGAAGGAGAAGACGACUCUGGUCAGCAUCCAGGCUGGCCGGGUAGAGUUGAAGAAGCUCCAGAAGGUGCUUUCCAUGCGGAACAGGGAGUUGGAGAAGGUCAAGCGGCUAGCGAGCAUCAUUGUACAGCAGCGCAAAGAGCUGGAGCAGUUCUUCCAUGAGGCCCUGGCUGAGGUGAACCAGGAGAUCAUGGCCAGCAGGUUGCAAUACAAAAAGGAGGCGCUACAGGCUUAUCGCUGGGAGCUGAGAAAAGCCACAGCAGGAAAACUAAAGUUCCCACCUAUCCGCACCUUUCAGAAAGGCCCCCACAGUACCAACUCUGUCUAUUCAGACAUGGAGGAGGCUGCAAGGUGGACUUAUCAACCAGGCAGCAAAGUUGAAAUCUCAGAUCUAACUUGGGAGCAGAAGGAACAAGUGAUCAGGCUGCUCUUUGCUAAAAUGAAUGGACAGAGUGAAAGGAAAGCCAGCCAACCUCAGCCUCCUCUGAGAAGAAGCCUCAUUGACAGCGAUGCUGCUGGAAUUAGCGAGGAGCUCUCCCCGGCGACCUUCGUCACCCAGGCGCCCGAGCCCGUUCUGCCCUCGAACCCAAACAGCGUGCCGGAUAUGCCCACCUCUCUGAGGCCUCCACAUAGCACAUCACACUCUGGAUUGUUCGCCUCCGCUUUGUACGUGUCCCACUGAGUGUCAAUCAUGUGUGUAGUAGAACACAAGAUGCUUUGUUGGUGCUCAUAAAUAUCUUAAACAUGCAUGUAUUCAAGGCUUGGUAAUAUAAUAAUAAUAUACAAGAUGCAGUGUCUAUGGAAACCUUCAUUUAUGGGGAUGAAACUAAAGUGUAAGUAAAGACACAAGGAAUUCAAUACUGGUGUUGUAUUUGAGGAAAUGAUACAGAUCCAAUAACAUUGCCUCAGCUGUACAGAUAUUUUGCACUGUUAAAGUCUGAUAUAAAGUCUUUAAAAAGGGGGAUAAUUAUUAAAUAUCUUGUAUAAAUGAACUACUCACAUUUAACAUAAUUAGCAGGGGUGAAAGUAGGCCGGUACUCCAUACCAUUAAAACCGGGAAUAGG